AAUCGACUCGACAGACAAUACAAUCAGAACCAUCCGCCAUUGAAGGUUCUUCCUUUCGUUCCUCCAACAAGUUUUGCGUCUCUUUUUUUUUUAAAUUCAUCAGUUGUGCUGUUUGGUUCAUCGUUGGCUUAAAUCCUGGACGGCUUUCUCUUCACACGAAAACUUAAACCAAUUCGAAGUCGACCUUUUAAGUUGUGUGAUGCCUCUGCGCAAAGGCCCUUGGAAAAGUGUUGAAAACAUCUUGCGCAUCGACAUCUGAGCCGAAAGACUUUUAUUCCGACAGUUCCGCCCACGAAAUAGAACGCAGAAUAUUUUGCGGGUUUUUUGUUUUGUUUUGUUUUGUUUGUUUUGAAGAAAAAAAAGGGGAGAGAGAAUGAACGAUGCCUACAUCGACACACAGGCCCAUUACGGGUUCAGUUUGAGUGGCGGCUACGAGGCUCAGCACAGCCGCGAGUCGGUGGAUUUGAUUGGCGGAGUCAACAAUAGCGUGGCCGUGACAUCUGGGGCUGGAACGGUCGGCUCAUCCGGUUCGACAGUCGUCGGUGUGGGGCACGGAAGUGGCGGUGACGUGGACGUUUGGUCCAAUUCGCACGAUCCUUACUCACCGCACAAUCUUCAUCAUCAUCAACAGCAACAACAUCACCACCACCAUCAGCAGCAACAGCAGCAACAUGCCGCUUAUUACGGACAGUCUGUGGGUGGAGGGCAGGUGAUGACGGAGUUGUUGAGCCCUUCGCAUCCGCCAUCGUCGUACAACAUUAACCAGCCUCAACAACAGCAACAGCAGCAGCAACAACAACAGCAACCGGGACAGUUCACUCCGACUGAACAGCAUCCGGUGGAUCUAUCGAAUUCGCAGCAACGACCGCCCAAUCCGGCCGUUUCUGCCGCCACGUCGGCCGCUUUCUACGGCCUUUCGGCUGCUGACUACAACAGCGCACAUUCCAACACCGCUGGAACGUCCAGUCAACGACGCAGUGCAAGUGACACUUACAAACCGAACGGACUCAGCCUCUCGCUGGGCAUCCCCGAUUCUGUUGGUGGCACGAGCGGAUUGAUUCCGGGCUCGCUGACUCCGCCGGACAAGGUGAUUGGAGCAUCGGCCGAUUUGAGCGGACAUUUGCUCGGUCAGCAACAGCAUCAUCAUCUUCAACAGCAACAACAGGGAGCUCAACAGCAGCAACAACAACAACACCACAACCCUUACGCCCUGGCGCAUCCCAGUUCGGCCAUGGCUCCGACUCUCCAAACUCCGCCGUCGCCGCUCUCCACUCCGUCGCCGCCCGUCCCUAUCGAUCGAUUUGGGCCGACCGGAUCGGCGUAUAGAGGCGGAACAAAAGAGCAGCGAUUAACUCGGGAGGCGAUGAUGCGCUACCUGCAGGAGCACGGCGACAUGGUGGUGGUCAUUCUACACGCCAAGGUGGCGCAAAAAUCGUACGGCAACGAGAAGCGCUUCUUUUGCCCGCCGCCUUGCAUCUACCUGUACGGCGACGGAUGGCGGAGGAGGCGCGAGGCCAUCCAGCGCGAAGCGGCCGCCAAUGGCGCCUCGCCCGCCGAGGCCGAAGCUGCGUCCCAACUGUGCGCCUUCAUCGGCAUCGGCAAUUCCGAUCAGGACAUGCAACAACUCGACCUCAACGGCAAAAGUUAUUGCGCGGCCAAGACGCUCUUCAUCUCCGACUCGGACAAGCGCAAACAUUUCAUGCUGUCGGUGAAAAUGUUCUACGGCAACGGCCAGGAUAUCGGCGUGUUCCACAGCAAGCGGAUCAAAGUCAUUUCGAAGCCGUCCAAAAAGAAGCAGUCGCUGAAAAAUGCCGACCUGUGCAUCGCCAGCGGGACCAAAGUGGCCCUCUUCAACCGACUUCGUUCGCAAACGGUCAGCACGCGUUACCUGCACGUGGACAAUAACAAUUUUCACGCCAGCUCCACCCAGUGGGGCGCCUUCACCAUCCACUUGCUGGACGACAGCGAAUCGGAAUCGGAGGAAUUCACGGUGCGCGAUGGCUACAUCCAUUACGGCAGCACGGUCAAGUUGGUGUGCAGCGUGACGGGCAUGGCCUUGCCGCGUCUCAUCAUCCGCAAAGUGGACAAGCAGAUGGCCGUGCUGGACGCCGACGACCCCGUCUCCCAGCUGCACAAGUGCGCCUUCUACAUGAAGGACACGGAGCGCAUGUACCUGUGCCUCAGCCAGGAGCGCAUCAUCCAGUUCCAGGCGACGCCUUGCCCCAAGGAGCCCAACAAGGAAAUGAUCAACGACGGAGCCGCCUGGACCAUCAUCAGCACCGACAAGGCCGAGUACCAGUUCUACGAGGGAAUGGGACCUGUCCGCAAUCCCGUCACGCCCGUCCCCAUCGUCCAUUCAUUACACUUGAACGGUGGUGGCGAUGUGGCAAUGCUGGAAUUAAUGGGCGAGAAUCUGACACCGAAUUUGAAAGUGUGGUUUGGCGACGUGGAGGCAGAGACCAUGUUCCGCUGUGAGGAGUCGAUGCUGUGCGUCGUGCCCGAUAUUUCAGCCUUCCGUUCCGGAUGGCAAUGGGUCCGUGGACCAACACAGGUUCCUAUUUCGUUGGUGAGAAGUGACGGUGUCAUCUACGCCACACGGUUGACCUUUACCUACACACCUGAGCCUGGGCCUAGGCCGCAUUGCCCCCAAGCUCAGGAAGUGUUGCAACGAGGUGGCGGUUCCAGUAAUGCCGUCAACCCGAUGGGACUCGGUUACGAUAACCAGCACAUGCAUCAUCAACAACAGCCGCAACAACAUCAUCAGCCAAUGUGAAAUUCAAACAACAGCAGAGACAUGUGUAAACUGGACGAUUUUUUACGUUUUCUUUUUUUUUUUUUUUUAAAUCCAAUUCUACUCUAGAAAUUCCAAAAGGAAAAAGGAUGUUUUGUUUACGGGGGACGAAUUCUCUUUUAAAAUUUUUUUUACCUGACCGACUGGUUUCCAGUGAUAAUCGAUGUGAAUCUGUUUUAUUUCUUUCUUCUUAUUAUUUUUCUUUAAAUGGCUCUCAGCUUUGGUGGUUGGAUAUAGUAUACAUAUAACCUUUCUCUGAAACGAUAGAACGAACGAACGAGAAAUUAGGAGAGGACGAAUUCGUUCGUUGGACGAAAACGUGAAUCAUAUUAUUCCAUUAACAUAGAAAAAGAAAAGGUUAAUCUGCAGUGCGUCAUAAUCUCUCGUGUUAACUGAAGUUGAACAAGUUGCACGCUUGUUCGUCUUAUGUAAUAACGUGAACGAAAAAAAGCCGUGCUAUUUGUUUUUUGCGUUGCGAUCAAGUUUUUUUUUUUUUUUUUUAAAUAUUCUUCUCAUUUUUUAUUAUUUUGGAAAAUCGAAAAAUAUUCGUUUUUAUUUUGGAAUGUGAUUUUUUUUUGUGGGUCGAGUCUGAAUUUUUGAUGUGGCGACGUGUGUCUCUCUUCCUAAUCAAGUAUUUUGUUGGGCUGUUUUUAGCCGCUUUUUUUUAAAUGUUUUUCGCAAGGAACGAUUUCCUGUUUUCUCUUUUUUUAAGGGUGGGACUUUUCCGGAUACGGAAGAAAAAAAAAAAAGAAAUUGAAAACGUUUUCCUCGCGAAAAUGUCUUUACUUUCGAUUUUUUUUUUUUUAAAUACCAUUAUUAUUAAUUAAUUAUAAUUAUAAUUAUUUGCAAUUUCGUUGGUUCGUUUCAUUUGCCGCUACGGUCUUUUCUUUUCUAACAAACAAAAGAAAAGGAGAUAUUUGUGGGUUAUUUUUUGUUUUCUUCUUUAGUUCGUGAUUCCCGGGCUCGGUGAAAAAACAUGUGUCGUUUACUAAUGGGGAAAAAAAAUGAGGAUGGGAAUGUUUAUAAUGUAACCCUUUCAUUCCCCCCAGUUCUAUUUCGUGUAAGUGUUGCGCAACGAUGUUUAGUUUAAAAAGGAAAACACAAAAAAAGUGGCCCAUCUUUUGUUCGAUUUUGUUUCCCAUGUACUCCCUUUUCCCCACACGUCAUGACUGCUAUAACUGCCUUAUAAUAUGAAUAAUUAAUUAAUAACAAUUGAUUUUGUACAGUGUUGACCGUGCUAGUAAAGUGAGAUGAUUAUCGUCGUGCUUGCUUCCUUUUUUUCUGUGACAACGGCCGACUUUGUGUCGCCCGUGAACGUAUGCAGAGCAGGCAAUAUACAGAAUGUCAAAAUGACAAA